UCGUCCAGUACACGAGAGCCGUCGGCAACUCGAAACGCCUCGCCGACCCGGCUGCCCAGCUUCAAAUAUGGUGCCCGAGCCGCCUCGACUGCUUCUAGCUCUAGCAGCUCGACGAACAGCUUGAAGAACACCUCUGCCACCACCACCAAUGCUAGCAGUGGUAUCCCCAAGGCACCUACGGCAACGGGCAUACCUGGACGGCUGACGAGAUCAAUGACGCUGGCAACAAAAGAAGUCACUGCAAGAAAAGAACGGACUGCGUCAACCACCAAGUAUCCGCCCUCGACAACCAUGACGAGGCCAUCUCUUCAAGCGAGAGGGAGGUCUACGAGCAUAUCAAUGCCGGGGAAGCCAAAGGAGCUUGAGAGAAGGCCGACGGGCAUCGCAUUUGCUAGAACCUCGGCCACUAAUCUUGCUGGGCCGGUGGUAUCGAAGCCGCCUAACCCUUCGAGAGCUCCUUCAGCAGAAAAGUUACCCGCUCGUAAGCUGUCAUUGGCAACGAUCAGCAGAGUGGUAUCUAGACUUUCUAAGCCCUCCUCUGCCGGUACGUUGCUGUCACAGGACCAAGCAUCGCUGAAACCUCGGACUUCAGCUUCUUCUCUACAGAGACCAGUCUCGCCAGGCAAGUCUUUGGCACCUAAGCUGUCUACGUCACAUUUGGCUACAUCGUCACCUUCCAAGCUGCCGUCAAAUAUCGCUGCGUCGGCCGAGGUCAGCAAGCUCCAGGCCGAGUUACUGCAGCUGUAUCUGCUGCACCGCGAGGCGCCAGUUGUAGAGGCCGAAUGGAGAGCGAGUGCCAAGCAAAAGCUGGGGGAUCGAUUCGCAAAGCUGAGCGAGGAGAGCAGAGAUGUCUCUGAGCAGGAGAGCGCGGCGCAAGAGAAGAAGAAUGUGCUGGCACUUAGAAGAUGGGCCAGUGGUGGCAGACUGGAUGAAAAGAUUCAGUCUCUGGAAUCCGUCAUCACUAAUGUGUGGUCGCUGAGUGAUCCAAGCGGUCGAUAUGCCCAGCUGGUGCGGCACUUUGAGAGGUGGAUCGGCGGAGUGAGCGACAUGGAGGAGGCGAGGAGAAAUGGCGCCAUGCUCGCACAGGGCAACAAUGACUUAUUCAUCGAGGAUCUGGAUGCACAAUGGAAAGAGGAGCGCGGAGAACUCAUCGGCCAGCUUGAUGGGUGGAAGCAGCAGCUUAGCGACAUUAACGACCUAACCUUGGACGAAUUCUAUGCUGAACCGCCAGACGAAGAUGAAAAGUCUAGCUUGGAGAAGAUGCUGGACGGGUCGCGCGCCUUGAUUGACAAUAUGCUGGCGGAGCUGAGAAUCAUGGAGGUUGUUGAGCACGAGGCGCUUUUGCGAGAGGACGAGUGGAUUGGGAGGAUGAAUAGAAUUGAUGCGGAUAAUGACUUUGAGAUUCCGCGUGCGGGAGGUGCUUGGAAAGAACUAUAAGGGGAUUUUUUUUUGGUCUAGGCGUUUGUUUCCUUUUUUUUUUUUGUCUUCAAAAUCGACGGCCUUGAUAUUACGGCAGGGUACAUGAAAUUGGUUUUCUAUAACAUACGAUGGAUACGGGCAACGGAACUAUCAUUAUCAUCACCCUCAUGAGCAAAUAGCAUUAGCAUCAGCAUUACAUUAGCGUCAUCACUACCACCAGAGACACUGGAAUGAAUUUCAAAUCUGCUUUCAAUUUCGAGAAAAGAAAACUAGACUGCCUCCUUUCCUCCCCCAGUGAAAGCAAUCAUAUAUUCUAAGUUGACAAAAAUGAAAAUAGUGUGUCAUGGGGGGCCCAGCGAACUCUUUAAAAGUCGGGGCAUAAAAAAAAAAAAACAAUGAUUCCACCUCGUGCGCGCAUAAAGCUUUUUCUUUUUUCUCUUUUUUCUCUUUUUCUUUCUUAAAAAACGGGAGAGAAAAAAAAAUGGAAAAAGAAGACCUCCCAGUGAAACUGAAGGGGAAUAAAAAAACAAAUCAAGUCGGUUGACGCACCAACGUCACUUAUCACAUGCUGUUUACCCAUCCGCCCCCCCUCAUCAUGGCUGUUGCGCAUCAUACUCAUCAUUUGCUAAUGUUCAUGCAUCGUCAUCAAAUCUGAAAUUUUUUUUUUUUUGUGUUUUCUUGUCUCCUCUCUUGAACCACUCUCCCUUUACAAGAAUGCUCUCCGGGGGAAGCCAACUCCUUCAAUGGCAGGCUCAUCGACGAACCAGCUGCAUCGGUCUCCCGCAGCUUCGUUGACGAGGGUGCAGGGCAGUCCAGAGCUCGUGUCAAAGAUCUCCUUCAUGAUUGAGGCCUUGCCGGCGCCGGUAGCGACAAAGGCAACGCGGACGGCGUGUGUAACAACGGGCAGAGUCAAGGUGAUUCGCUUAGGGGGCGGCUUGGGCGAGUCCUCAAUGGGCGCGACCCAGGCAUCGGCCUCGCGCAGCAGCUCGUGGUUGGGAAACAGCGAGCAGGUGUGGCCGUCGGGCCCGCAGCCGAGCAGCAGGAGGUCGAAGAUGGGCAGGCGCACCGAGUCGCGCGAGGCGAAGCUGCCGACGAGCGUCUGCUCGUACUGGUCGGCGAGCUCCUGGAUGUCGUCGAGGUGCUCGGUGUUGAUUGUGUGCACGGCGGAGGGCUGUUGGUCGGCGGGCAGCUUGUCGAGCAGCUCGGCCUUGAGCAGGCGGUAGUUUGAGUCUUCGUGGUCCAGGGCCACGGCGCGCUCGUCGGCGAAGAAGAUUUCCCACUUGGAAAAGUCGACGACGUCUGCGGGACCAGAUGACGGCGCCAGGAGAGCCGCGGCGAGCGUCUUGGGCAGCGAUCCGCCCGAGACGGCCACCUUGAAGGCGCCGUGGCGCUCAAUGCCGGCGUUUUGGCUCUGGAUCACGUAGGCUCGCAGGGCUUGCGCGAGGGCGUCGACGCCUGGGAAAGCGUAUAGGUUGGGUUGUGUCUUGGGCAUGAUGGAUGGGCUGAGCUGAGCGAGGCGAGGGGCGAGUAGCGGGUUUAGCUGUUUUGCGUUUUAUAGGUCAGAGGGCUGAGUUAGCCAGAGACGAUAUAUAAUGGAGAUUUUGUUGUUGGUGCUCGAGCCGUAUUAUCGGAAAGUCCCGUCUAUCGAUUUAUUUUCUUUAUCCGCGGUUCCAGGUUUGCCUCGUCUUUUUUUUCCUCUCGGUUGUGUGUGGUUGGAGUUUUAGAGCUAUGGUAAUGAGCUAUGAAGGAGGUCCCGAUAGUCUGGACGGCGG